CCCCUGGUCCCUUGGUCCCGCUUAGGAAGAUCCAGACCUGGGGAGCAAUUGGGGCUGCCUUAGAGAAGUCGGGGGGAUAGUGCUGUGACUAUGACCAUGCCAGUUGUUGACCUUCUGCUCCCCACUAGUAAGGGGGUUGGGAAGAGGCCGACAACCCAGCCUAUCUUCGGGUCGAAAAAGAAGAGCAAAGCUGCUGUGAAACCUACUGAGGACUUAGUAGAUGUUGACUCCGAUUCGGACGCGCAGUCUCAAGGAGGUGGCGAUCAGGGGAAGGCCACGACACCUAUUCACACCGUCCGGCUCUCCAUGAAGUCAGGCUCCGCCUCCCUGUUCCGCCGCACUGUGAACCCUGUAGCCUUGGUCUUGGUCGUCACCCCUCCUGUUGACGCCGAGGAAAUCAAGGAAUUAUCCUCUCAGGCAGCCAUCCGACGUGCCAUCAACUCCAUGUUUGAGGCCUUCAUUCUGGCUUCCUCUGGCUCCCGUCGUUUAGACGAGGGUCAUGAUGACACCCAGACCUUACUGGUGGAUCUAAAGAGAAAACGACAGACCUGAAGUGAAGGCUGGAGGCGGCGGUGCAUAAGGGUGGCGCGCUGCAGAAGAGGCUAGAUGAUGUUGAGGCUACUCACCGGAUCAUGGAGGGGGAGUUGAGGAGAAAAGCUGAGGAGGUUGGUCCCGCCACUAUCCAGGCCUUCCGGGAAAGUGCGGAUUUCCUUACCAAGGUGGAGCAGGUUAUUCUGGGUCGCCGGGCUCAGAUUGCCCAGGACUGGCUUCAGACUCCUGAGGGUAAAGCCAGACUGGAACGGGAGGGGGCUCUGUGCUUCAAGCUGGGUUAGUACGGGAUGCAGAAGUCCUUAUACGAGCUCCUUCAAAAAAGGGACCCAUCCUUCUCAACACAGGCCUGGGGGUUACCAGACUUGAUGGAGAAUCCGGAAGCCCUCCAUGGGGCCUCGAAAUUGCUGAAGAGAGCCCAGCCCUAGCCAACCCUGCCUCGGAGGUUCCUCCCUCCCAGCAUGGUAAUUGAUUUAUUCAAACACUUUAACAAACAUCAUUUUCAGGCUUGCGUGCCUGUAGUUGUUUUCCACCCUAGGGGUAGUUUGUAACUCUAAACGCCUUUACUUUCUCUACUUUUGUUGCAUAUAUCUCUC